AUGAAAUUCACCUCCAUCCUCGUUUCCGCACUCGCUGCAUGCGUCUCCCUGGUCCGGGUCGCUGCGGCUCCUGUCACCGUCGAGUUGGAAAAACGUACCUCGCCUCUUCCUUUGCAUCUGCGUGUUCCUACGAUAUUCUAUCGUGGUGUCACUCAGCGGGAGCUUGCGCACAUCGCCAACUAUCAGAAGGGACACCAUCCGACGUUCUCAUAUCGUAGAGCCCGGUUUCACAUACAUGGAGAUGCCUACACUACUGCGUCACCGAACCCUGCACACAAAGUCUGGUAUUUGGUCACUUUCAAAUAUACCCCGAACACAGUUCUGAAAACGAAGAGCUUCGCGACAGGGACGGACGAAUGGAAGCUCUGUGUCAGCAAUUACGCAAGAACUAAACCUGCAACGCAUUACGGCCUCAUCGAAGGGCCAGUCUCACACUGA